ACUAAGUUUUCUGAAAAACAAAAAUAAAAAGAGGAAGUAAAAGACAUUGAAAUAGUUUCCUUUUAGGGUUUACUUUAAUUGGGGAAGGAAGCUAGAACUUUACCAAACUUGGUUUGUAUUAUUCGCCAUUGCUGCUUCUUCUAUUCUUUUAAUUCUCUUCUACUCCAUCCAGUCAAAUCUUCCUUCCUAUUCCCUCCUCAAUUCUCUGACCAAAUCUCAGAGAUCAGCCAGACCUCCAUUUCAUCGCCCUUUUGGGUUCCAGGGAAACAUCUGGAAAAAAAAAAAAAAAACUUGGAGAAAGUGGCCCAAAAAGCCUUCCUUUUCAUCUUGGCUCUGGAAGGGUAUUAUGUUUGCUGGAUGUAGUCUGUUGCUGAUAUGCGGUUCUCAUAGGUUCUGUAAUAUUACUCUUUUCUGUAAAAAAAGUCAAUUUAACCACUUUGAAGUUGGUAGCAGCUAUGCUACCCAGUGGAGCAAAGGAUACCCAACUCCGUGAGAGCAAUAGCCAGAAGGUUCACCCACAACCCAUGGAGGAGGCCAUGAAUCAGAAUCCAGAAGCUGUGGAAGCCCUGAUAUCCAAGAUUUUUACAAACGUCUCUGCCCUCAAGUCGGCUUACAUCGAACUUCAAGCAGCUCAUACUCCUUAUGACCCUGACAAAAUCCAAGCAGCUGAUAAACUUGUUAUUUCCGAGCUGAAGAACCUUUCUGAACUCAAGCACUUUUACCGCGAGAGCUUCCCCAAACCAGUAUGUGUUUCUCCACAAGACUCUCGCUUAGCUGCUGAGAUCCAAGAACAACAGAGCCUGCUGAAAACCUAUGAGGUUAUGGUUAAAAAGUUUCAGUCUGAAAUUCAAAAUAAAGAUUCUGAGCUUCAUCAGUUGCAGCAGCAGAUUGAGGAGGCAAACCAAAAACGGUUGAGGCUGGAAAAGAAUCUUAAGCUUAGGGGGUUGUUGGCGAAAGAAUCAGAAGGUUCAGCAGAAGAGAAUGGAUUUUUUGCCGUGGAUCUAACCCCUGAUCUUUUCAUUUCUGUAGUUGAAGCUGCAUUUAAAGCUAUUCAUGACUUUUCCAAACCAUUGAUCAACAUGAUGAAAGCAGCUGGGUGGGACCUUGAUGCUGCAGCUAACUCAAUUGAACCUAAUGUAGUUUAUGCGAAAAGAGCUCACAAGAAAUAUGCUUUUGAAUCCCAUAUAUGCCAACGAAUGUUCAGUGGUUUUCAGCAGGAGAGCUUUGCCGUCAAAGCAGAAAAUGUUACAAUCACAAGGGAAAGUUUCUUCAACCAAUUUCUUGCUUUAAGGGAAAUGGAUCCACUGGACAUGCUUGGCCAAAGUCCAGAUUCUAUUUUUGGGAAGUUUUGCCGGAGCAAGUAUCUGGUGGUGGUUCACCCAAAAAUGGAGGCUUCAUUUUUCGGGAAUUUAGAUCAGCGGAAUUAUGUGAUGGGAGGUGGGCAUCCAAGGACUCCAUUUUACCAGGCCUUUCUGAAAUUGGCCAAGUCAAUCUGGCUUUUGCAUAGGCUGGCUUAUUCUUUUGAACCCAGUGCCAAGGUGUUUCAGGUUAAGAGGGGGAGUGAGUUUUCUGAGGUGUAUAUGGAAAGUGUUGUUAAGAAUUUGAUAGUGGAUGAAAAUGAUGAAAAGCCUAAGGUUGGACUCAUGGUAAUGCCUGGUUUCUCAAUCGGGGGCAGUGUUAUUCAGAGUCGAGUUUAUCUCUCAGGCAUGAAGAUUGCCGAAUGACUUUCCCAGCUCUCUGCAAAUCAAAGUCCGAGGCUCCCAGGUGGGGGUACUGGGUGUGUUUACUUCUGUCUAGUUGCUUUCCUGUUGUAAUGUGAUAUAGUAUUGCUGCUGAUUGUGCAUCUCUCCUUGUUGUUUUUUCCUUUUAUGUUUGAAGGUGGAAUGAGAACAAUUUGUUCUUGUUCGUGGCUUUUACCUAGGGUCCACCAAAAGAAAGAUGCAGUAUAAAAAAAAUGUAGUAUUUUAUAUAUUUA